GAUCAACUUGCCUUCUGCUCGCCCCGCUUCCCUCUCUAUGCCUUGUGAAUUUAUACGUGUUCGCAUGGGAAUUAUUUCUUUGUGGCUGUAAAAGACUGCACAGCUGCUCUACUUCAAUCACCGGCUGAUUAAAAAAAACACGUGCUGAAAAUGGCUUCGAAAGUAGCAGCAAAGAAAGGCCCAGUCCAAACUGGCAAAAAACAACAACUUCGCGGAAAGGGAUUGAAGAAAAAGAAGGUAUCUCUUAAAUUUACCGUCGACUGCACCACCCCCGUCGAAGACAACAUUAUGGAUGUACAGAACUUCAAAAAAUACUUGCAAGAGAGGAUAAAGGUCAACGGAAAGACCAACAACUUUGGUAACAACGUCUCGUUGGAGUGCCAAAAAAUGAAAGUGUCUGUCAUCUCUGAUAUCCCCUUCUCGAAAAGGUGCCUUAAAUACUUGACAAAGAAGUAUUUGAAAAAGAACAACUUACGCGAUUGGAUCCGUGUUGUCGAUGGUGGCAAGGACUCCUAUGAAUUGAGGUACUUCCAGAUCUCAUCACAAGACGAUGAUGAUGAUGAAGAUGUUGAAUAAAUGUAAAAUAAUCUUUAUGAUAAUAAAAUAUAA